AUGUUAAAUUUCGCGAAAUUACUUCAAAAAGUGCCUAUGAUAUGCUCAUUAAUCAUCGAUUAUUAUCGUUAUGGACCACCUCAACCAUCAUGGGAUUUGAAGCUUUAUUUGAUAUUCAGACUUGUAAAAGAUGGGAUGGCAUCACCAACCAAACAAACUAUCGAAAGUCUUCAAGGAACAAAUAAACCAACAGCUGCCGAUAAGGGUAUACUUGUAGAUGAGCUGUCAUUGUCAAAUUCACUUCGUAAAAAAUCAGAAAUUUACAUUGAUGAUAUUUUAAAAGAUUAUAAUCAUGUGCUUCUUGAUGAUUGGAGAAGUGUGAACCUUGGAAAUGGAUUAGAAUGUGAAUGGGUUUAUGUUAAAAAAAAAGAGGGAGGAGAAGAAAACAAUAAUAAAAAGAAAAAAUAUGAUAAAGUUAUUUUGUAUGUACAUGGUGGCGGAUAUUUUUUAUAUCCCCCUGGUUAUCGUAGUUAUACUUCUAAGAUUGCAAAAUCUACAAAUUCAAGACUAUUUGUAAUAAAUUAUAGACUCGCACCACAAAAUCAAUUUCCUGCUGCUUUACAUGACUCAAUAACUGCCUACAAUUAUCUUAUUGAUCCACCAAGCGAUGCUGAUUUUCUACCAAUUGAACCUAAAAAUAUUGUAAUAAUGGGCACUAGUGCAGGUGGUGGUCUGGCAAUGGCAACAUUACUUGCUAUACGUGACUCAAAAAAAUUACCUUUACCAGCUGGAAUUGUUUUAUGGUCAGCAUGGGUUGACUUAGCUCAGUCAUCACCAUCAGCAAAAGACCCAAGAUUCGAAGAAACAGAUUAUUUGUCAUGGGAAUUGUUUAAUUGCGCAAGAUCUCCUGCAUGGGAAGAAUUUGAACAGAAAGCAAAAGAAUUAUCAGAAAAGAUCCAGUUAAACAUUGAUAAUAAACCAAGAUUUUGGCAUAAAUCAUUUGAUUGUGAUGAUCGUUUACAACUUUAUGUGUCUAAUGAAGGAUUAGCAAUUCCAUAUGUUUCUCCAUUAUUUGCUGAAAGUUUGGGUGGUCUACCACCAAUUUUAGUGCAAGUAGGUGAUGUAGAAAUAUUAAGAGAUGAGAAUAUUUAUUUGGCUUAUAAAGCUGCUAAUCCAGGAAAAUACAAUAUGCCAAAUUACAAUGCUGAAAAGUUCGAAAGGUCACCUUAUAAAACGCCUACAAAAGUUGUUCUUGAAGUUUAUGAAGAAAUGCCUCAUGCCUUCCAGAUAGCUGUGAAACGAACGAAUGAAUUUAUUGAACAAUUAUUAUCAGGUGAAGAAGGGGAGAAAGAAUUAAAAGUCUUACGUGUAACAGGUAAAGGUGAAAUUAUUGAAGAGUUAAAAGAGGAGCAUUACAAGGUACUUGAAUGUGAAAAUAUUGGUGUUGCUUCUAUUGGAAAGCUUCAUUGUUAUAGACCUAACAAUAACAAUCAAUGA